CAGACGUGAGAGGAUCUCACUUGUCUAGUGCACACAGAGGGAGCCUGCGAGGCAGCUCCCAGCCCAUUGCAGCCAGUCGGCGACAGCACUGCAUGCAGGAGCCAUGCUGAGAGUAUUCAUCCUACAUGCUGAGAAUGUGCAGACCCCAGACUCAGACGUCAGUGACACCUACUGCUCAGUGGUCUUCCAAGGUGUAAAGAAAAAAACCAAAGUAAUUAAGAAUAACCAGAAUCCCAUCUGGAACGAGGGAUUUGAAUGGGACUUGAAAGGUGUUCCUCUAGAUACCAGUGCUGAGCUCCAUGCAGUCGUCAAAGACCAUGAGACAAUGGGGAGGAAUAGGUUUCUGGGUGAGGCGCGGGUUUCCCUGCGAGAUUUAUUUAAUUCUCCCAACCUGACGGCAACAUAUAAUUGUCCCCUUGUGGACAACAAGAUGCAGAGCACAGGGGCGGUAUUGACCUUACAGAUCUCCUACUUUCCGCCGCCGGGGGCAGCGCCCGUCUUUCCUCCACCAGCUGCACCAAAGGAGCUCACCCCGCCAGUCAGCGAGUUGGACACCGUCAGUCAGCUCUACCUGGAUACAGGAGAGGAGGAGGACACUGAAGACCAGACCGGCACUGGAGAUGAGGGGGAGGCGUUGUCUCUUCUCCCAGGAUCUGAGCAGGCCACUGUUCCCAAAAGAACCCAGUCGGUCCCAGUCCAGGGGGUGAAGAGAAAGAAGAGUGGCCCCAAAAAGCUACUGUCAAACAAGCCUCAGGACUUCCAAAUCCGAGUCAGAGUGAUAGAAGGGCGGCAGAUACCGGGUGUGAACAUCAAACCUGUUGUGAAGGUGACGGUUGCCGGGCAGACCAAGAGGACUCGGAUACGGAAAGGCAAUAGUCCAUUUUUUGAUGAGACAUUUUUCUUCAACUUCUUUGAAUCGCCAGCUGAGCUUUUUGAUGAGCCCGUAUUUCUUACAGUAUUGGACUCCCGCUCUAUGAGAACUGGCUCCGUUGUCGGAGAAUUCCGUAUGGAUGUGGGGAUGAUUUAUGGAGAGACAAAGCACGCCGUCCUGCGGAAGUGGCUGCUUCUCUCUGACCCGGAGGACUUCUCAGCUGGGGCCAAGGGCUAUCUGAAGGUCAGCCUGUUCGUGAUGGGCCCCGGGGAUGAGUGUCCUGUGGAGAAGAAAGAAUCAGUAGAAGACAAGGAAGACAUUGAGGGGAACCUGCUGCGUCCGGCUGGGGUGUCUCUUCGGGGGGCUCAUCUCAUACUCAGACUCUUCCGAGCUGAGGAUCUGCCACAGAUGGAUGAUGCUGUCUUAGACAACGUCAAGCAGAUCUUUGGAAUUGACAGCAACAAGAAAAAUCUGGUCGACCCUUUUGUAGAAGUUAGUUUUGCAGGGAAAAUGCUUUCUAGUAAGAUAUUAGAAAAAAAUGCAAACCCACAGUGGAACCAAAGCAUCACGUUACCCAUCAGGUUCCCGUCUAUGUGUGAGAAGAUGAGGAUCCGGCUAACGGACUGGGAUCGCCUGACGCAUAAUGAUGUUAUCGGCACCACUUACUUGAACAUGUCAAAGAUCUCUGCUCCCGGGGGAGAGCUGGAAGAUGAGACCACGGGAACGCUGUCAUCAUUGGUGUUUAAUUUGGACGAUAGUCUGGGGUUCCUUCCAACCUUUGGGCCUUGUUACAUGAAUUUGUAUGGAAGCCCGAGAGAGUUUACUGGGUUCCCUGACCCCUACGAGGAGCUGAAUAUGGGCAAGGGCGAAGGGGUGGCCUAUCGGGGAAGAGUCCUCCUGGAGCUGCAGACCAAGCUGGUGGAACACGCGGAGCAGAAGGUGGAGGACAUAUCCUCUGAUGAUAUCCUACGAGUUGAGAAAUUUCUCCGGAGACGGAAAUACUGCUUGUUCGCUGCGUUCUACUCAGCCACCAUGCUGCAGGACGUGGACGACGCCAUCCAGUUCGAAGUCAGCAUUGGAAACUACGGCAAUAAGUUUGAUACCACCUGCUUACCCCUGGCUUCCACCACUCAGUACAGCAGGGCCGUGUUCGAUGGGUGCCAGUACUACUACCUCCCCUGGGGCAAUGUAAAACCUGUGGUCGUCCUGUCGUCAUACUGGGAAGAUAUCAGCUUCCGGACAGACGCGCAGAACAUUCUGCAGUACGCCAUAGACAACCUGGAAAAUAACUUGGAAAGCGUCCACCUUGCUGUUAAAUCAAAGAGUUCUACGUAUGAGCUGGAUUCUCUGGUCACACGUCUGAUCGAUGAAGUCAUCAGUGACUGCAGCCAUCCACUGCCGGAUAUUCCCUCCAUAACCGGAACCACUCAUCUCGAUCUUUAUCUGUUCCGCUUCCGCCGGACCAAUCUGGACCAGAUAAUCCAGUGUGCCCAGAAAUUAAAGAUGGAAGAGUGUGACUUGAUGGACGUGAUAGAGCAGGCUGAGGACUGGCUCCUGAGACUUAAAGCCAUGGCCGAGGAGCCGCAGAACAGCCUGCCAGAUAUAGUGAUUUGGAUGUUACAAGGAGACAAGCGUGUGGCUUAUUACAGAAUGCCAGCCCACCAGGUCCUUUUCUCCAGGAACGGGUCCAAGUGCUGCGGCAGGAACUGCGGGAAACUUCAGACGAUAUUUCUGAAAUUUCCACAAGAAGGAAUCCAAGGGUCGAAGAUGCCAGCGCAGCUGCGGGUACAACUAUGGAUGGGGCUGGCCGUGGACCAGAAGGAGUUCAAUCAGUUUGCUCAGGGGAAGCUGUCCGUCUUUGCAGAAACUUAUGAAAACCAGACCAAGCUGGCAUUGGUAGGUAACUGGGGCACCACAGGGCUGACAUACCCCAAGUACGCCGACAUGACAGGGAAGAUCAAGCUUCCAAAGGAAAGUUUCAAGCCUUCCAGCGGCUGGAUGUGGGCCGGAGACUGGUUCAUCAGCCCAGAGAAGACAUUGCUGUACGGCAGUGACGCUGGUCACAUGAGCUUCGUGGAAGAGGUGUUUGAAAACCAGGCCCGGCUGCCUGGCGGACAGUGGAUUCACAUGACGGAAGCAUACACAGAUGUGAAUGGGGAAAAAGUCCUCCCUAAAGAUGAAACUGAGUGUCCCCCCGGGUGGAAGUGGGAGGACGAAGAGUGGUCGACAGACAUUAAUCGAGCAGUGGAUGAGCAGGGCUGGGAGUACGGCAUUACCAUUCCACCAGACCGGAAGCCCAAAUCCUGGGUGCCCACGGAGAAGAUGUAUCAUACAAAUCGGAGACGGCGCUGGGUCAGGCUGCGCAGGAGAGAUCCCAAGCAGAUAGAGAUCCUGAAAAAGCACAAGCCUGACGAAUCAGAGAGCGAGGGCUGGGAAUACGCCUCUCUCUUUGGGUGGAGGUUCCACCUGAAGUAUCGUAAGACAGACAGCUUCCGGAGACGACGAUGGAGGCGGCGUAUGGAGCCGCUACAGCAGACGGGAGCGGCGGCUGUGUUUGCCUUAGAGGGAGCACUGGGUGGAGUCACAGAUGACAAAAGCGAUGAUGGGAAAAACACGGCUACUCUCAGCUUGGGAGUAAACAGACCUACAAUAUCCUGCAUAUUUGAUUAUGGGAAUCUCUAUCACCUGCGCUGCUACCUCUAUCAGGCCCGGAACCUCCUCCCCAUGGACAAGGACAGUUUCUCUGAUCCCUACGCCACUGUAUCCUUCCUCCAUCAGAGCCAGAAGACUGUGGUGGUGAAAAGCACUUUAAACCCAACGUGGGACCAGACGCUCAUCUUCCAUGAGAUCGAGAUAUUUGGAGGACCUGAUAUGGUGGAUGAAGUUCCUCCCAGUAUAGUGGUGGAGAUUUACGAUCACGACACCUAUGGAGCGGAUGAAUACAUGGGACGCUGUAUCUGUAGACCCAGUUUGGAGCGGUCGCCGAGGCUGUCCUGGUAUCCGAUAAUGAUGGGGGACAAGAACACAGGGGAGCUGUUGGCUGCCUUUGAGCUCAUUCUCAGGGAAAAGCCAACCCUGCAUCACAUCCCUGGACUGGAGGGUGAAAUCUCAGGAGUUCUUAGUGAGCUACUUGUACCCGGGUUCUUCAGAGAAAAGCUUCUAGACUCGUCUGCAGAUACAGAUCUUCCGUACCCUCCUCCACAGAGAAGUGCCAAUGUGUACAUGGUUCCCCAAGGGAUUAAACCUGUACUGCAGAGAACUGCUAUUGAGGUUUUGGCAUGGGGUCUGAGGAACCUUAAGAGCUACCAGCUGGCCAGCGUGACGUCCCCCAGCCUCAUUGUGGAGUGUGGCGAUGAAAUGAUCCAGUCUUGCGUUAUUAAAAACGUCAAAAAGAACCCCAACUUUGAUGUGUGUGUCCUCUUCAUGGAAGUGAGACUGCCCAGGGAAGGCCUGUACUGUCCUCCCAUCAUUGUAAAGGUGAUUGACAAUCGGCAGUUUGGGCGGAAGCCCGUAGUGGGACAAUGCACCAUCAACUCCUUGGAGGAAUUUUACUGUGACCCCAAUGCAGACGAUACAGAUAUGGAAGAAGGAAUGUCAGAUAAUGUCAGUAUGACGCCGCGAGAUGAAGUUCUCAUUGAUAUUGAUGACAAGGAACCGCUGAUACUGAGUCAGGAGGAAGAAUUCAUUGACUGGUGGAGCAAGUUCUUCGCCUCCAUAGGAGAGAAGGAGAAAUGUGGGGCUUAUUUUGAGAAAGGCUUUGACACUCUUCAGGUCCUGGACACAGAGUUAGAGAACAUAGAAGACUAUGAGGGGUUGUCAGACUUUUGCCGGACUUUCAAGUUGUACAGAGGGAGAUCCCAAGAUGAGACAGAAGAUCCCUCCGUGGUUGGAGAAUUCAAGGGAUCAUUUAAAAUAUAUUCCCUUCCGGACGACCCUUCAGUCCCGGUGCCACCUCGCCAGUUCCGCCAGCUCCUAGCAAAAGGGCUACAGGAAUGUCUGGUGAGGGUCUACAUAGUGCGGGCGGUCGGGUUGCAGCCUAAGGAUGCUAAUGGCAAGUGUGACCCCUAUGUGAAGAUAUCCGUUGGGAAAAAGUCGCUCAAUGAUCGGGAGAACUACAUCCCCUGCACCUUGGAGCCUGUCUUUGGAAAGAUGUUUGAGCUGACGUGCACUCUGCCUCUGGAGAAGGACCUGAAGAUCACGCUCUAUGACUACGAUCUGAUAUCGAAGGAUGAGAAGAUCGGAGAGACGGUCAUAGAUUUAGAGAACCGCUUUCUGUCUAAGUACGGGGCUCGGUGCGGCCUACCACAGACCUACUGCAUCUCUGGCCCGAACCAGUGGCGGGACCAACUCCGACCUUCCCAGCUGCUUCAUAUAUACGCCCAGCAACGCAACUUGAAGCCUCCAGUCUACAAGAACAACAGGGUUGUGUUCCGGAAUCAUGAAUUCAAUAUCUCUGGCCUGGAAGACAGUAAAUUCCCUAACCCGCACCUGGGACCCCCUGAGGAGCGGCUCGCUCUGUACGUGCUGCAUAAACAGGGCCUUGUGGGCGAACACGUUGAGACGAGAGCGCUGUACAGUCCCCUGCAGCCCGAUAUAGAACAGGGAAAGCUGCAGAUGUGGGUAGAUUUAUUUCCGAAGUCCCUGGGAACCCCCGGCCCACCGUUUAAUAUAACACCAAGAAAGGCUAAAAGGUUCUACUUGCGCUGCAUCAUCUGGAACACAAGAGAUGUCAUCUUGGAUGACGUCUCCAUCACAGGCGAGAAGAUGAGUGAUAUUUAUGUAAAGAGCUGGCUGAUAGGCCAUGAAGAAAAUAAACAAAAAACAGAUGUUCACUACAGGUCUAUGGGAGGCGAAGGAAACUUCAACUGGCGAUUUGUGUUUCCCUUUGAUUAUCUUCCUGCGGAGCAGGUCUGCGCAGUGUCUGUAAAGGAGCAUUUCUGGAGCUUGGACAAGACGGAAAAUAAAAUCCCCCCUACCCUCAUUAUACAGAUAUGGGACAAUGACAAGUUCUCCUUUGAUGACUAUUUAGGGUCUGUACAGCUGGAUCUCAACAGGAUGCCAAGGCCAGCGAAGACGCCAGAGAAGUGCAGCCUGGAGCUGUUGGACCCGUCAGACUCCGCAGACAGAUCCGUGUCUCUGUUCGAGCAGAAGACUGUAAAGGGCUGGUGGCCUUGUGUGGGCAUGGAGGGCGACCAGAAGAUCCUCGCUGGGAAGCUGGAAAUGACUCUAGAGAUUGUCAAUGAACAAGAGCGGGAUGAACGUCCGGCUGGGAUUGGCCGAGAAGAACCAAACAUGAACCCCAAACUGGAGGACCCCAAGCGCCCCGAGACGUCAUUCCUGUGGUUUACCUCUCCAUACAAGACCCUGAAGUAUAUCCUCUGGAGACGAUACAAGUGGCUGAUCCUGGUGUUCUUCAUCGUCUUCAUCUUGCUGCUCUUCCUUGGAAUCUUCCUGUACUCCUUCCCGAAUUACGCUGCUAUGAAACUGGUGAAGCCAUACAGUUAGACAGGUAACAUGAGAUGCUGAGAUGACGACUCCUGUACAGAGAUACUGGAACCUUCUCCUUGGCGACCACAGUUGGACAACUGUACAGGAUAUGUAACCUGUAUGACCUUAUGCAACAUUACACACACCCUACGCUGCUGCCAGUGUUUCCAGCACCCCAGCACAGAGUGACUGGUAUCGCUGGUGACACUCAGGAUUCGUUACACUGAUAAUCUGCAGUCACAUCUAGAUUAGACAUUGCACCACUAACAAAAUGCACACACCGAUCGGGCUGACUGUAACACACACAGAUAGAGAACACACAUCCGCACCUCAUCCCGUAGUUCUAUAGAUAAGACGUUAGAACGUGGGCACUGCAAACGUUGAGCCAUGAGACCUUUUUUUAUGGUAUAGAACAAACUACUCAUUGCUUUCAUAUUGUUUUAUAAUUGGCCAAUGCUUGUGUGAAGUAUGUCUGAAACAGGGACUUUAGUUCAUGGGUAACAAAGUAAAGUGUGACCCGGACUCUUUAGCCAUGUUGCAGACGCCGCUUGCAGUGUUAGGGUUAUAUAGCCAGUAAAACCCAGGCCUUGCGUAUAAUUCUGCUUGUAUAUGCAUCAUACUUAUAUAGCUUUGAGUGCUAGAUCCGCUCACUGCCUGCUGCAUGAAUGUGUGUGUUAUCAUUCUGUUUGUCCCUGUGACGACAGUCUGGUGUCUCAGGAAAGAGAUGCAUGCUGGGUAUAUUGUACCUGCACCUUAGCAGAUAUCUCUUAUGUGCCUUUGUGCUGCAUCUCUGGGGUGGGUGCUAGUCCUUUAACAUUAGGGGUCCUCUCCCAGGAGGACUGGCUGUGCUAUGCACUGACAACAGCCAGCAUGUAACCAAAACGCUUUCUGUCAUUUGCACCAUGUCAUAGACAGCAGCUGUAUGGACAUGUGUGUUUUUAUUCCAGGAUUGCUUGAAGGUGAAAUGUGAGGCCUCAGCAGCAUGCCAUUCAUGCUGUAGCUGACGGGAGGCUGUACAUGAGCAGAACGGGUCUUUCGCCUGUGCAGACCCCAAAACUUUGUAUUUGUGCGCAAACCAUUGGGUUUGCAUAGAAAUUGAAUUAGGCCCAUACACGCGCUGAGAUGCAAUCACCUCCAGGCUGGCCUAUGGCAAGUCAUCAUCAUUGUAUGCAUCCUACAGCUGCAAAAGACGCCGCCUCCAGCUGUAACUGCUAGUGUGCAUCUGCCGCCUGUGCGUCAUUGCUGAACGUGGCCACUGUUAGAGCUGUAUCCGGACUCUAGGUCGACACCACUUAGGUCGACACCCAUUGGUCGACAGUGAAUAGGUCGACACAGCCAUUAGGUCGAGUUGAACAAGGUUGACAUGACUACUUCACAUUUUUUUGUGACUUUUUCAUACUUUAUGAUCCACGUGGACUACAAUUGGGAACGGUAACCUGUGCCGAGCGCAGCAAGGCACAUUGCCCGCAGUUCGCUCGCUAUGCAAGGGGACGCGGUGCACUAAUUGGGGUUCCCGAUCACUUGACUGAGAAAACGACACAAAAAUCCCAUUAAAAAACCCAUGUCGACCUUUUUUCAUGUCAACUAAAUGUCCGCGUCGACCUAUUUCUAGUGUCAACCUACCCACUGUCGACCAAUGGGUGUCAACCUAAUUGGUGUCGACCUUGAGUCCCAUACCCGUUAGAGCUCCCCUCCCCCAAUCUGCCACUACAGUUGUAGCUGUAAGCUUUGAUACGUGCAAAAUGCUUGGGGUACCUUAGCCUUCUCCAUGGGUAACAAUUCCUGUACUUUCCCCAAAAUAUAGGGUCAUACUUGCAUUGUAACCGCAGACAAUGUCACUCACAGUCUACCGGGCACACUAGAUUAGUACUUCAUCAUAAAGGAGUUGGUAAAGAUUAGUGACCGAGCGGCACACAUGAGCGCAUGCAAUGCCAGCCCCAGCAGUCAGGGUAGCCAUGCAUUGUACUUUUGUCGCAUUAACGAUGAAAUUAAGACGCAUAUUUUGAGGAAAAAGUCUCUGGCAAGAUGGUUGACAUGGACAAGCCGCAAAUAGACCAUUUUGAACGCCACAGACUUUGCAACUUAGAUGUGGACACAUCUGUAAAUAAAUGCAAAAUGGUGUGCUGUACGGCAGGCAAGCAACAUCCAGCACUGGGCCUGAUGCAAAGGUGGUUGGAGGUGGCAUUGCUGCUGCUUACUAGGAAGCAGCAACGGGGCACAGAUAUGGUGUAGCAGGAGGGGUCUGGUAUACGUAGAUGCUUCCUGAUCUGAGCUGCGUCCUACUGUAGGAUAUAGUACCUGAUCAUCUGCGACACCUGAGUGGCUCGUGGGGAUGUGUCACAGUUCCUACCAAGAGGUUAUCUCCACCCCUUCCCCGCCUCCAUACUGGCAAUCAACUGACAUCUGCAGCCGUUCUGCCCAUGCACAAAGUACCGAACAUCGAUACUUUGCGACAUGUGCCCUAACAGCGUUGGGACCUGAAGCAGGCCCCCUGUCAUAAGGGGCCCUACCCAAAUCCUACAGGUUAUCUUUAUUACAUGCCCUUGUUCCAUUUGGAUACCUCAGAAACAUUUCUUCUCUAAGCUGACAAUCUAUUUCCAUUCAGUCCUUGCUUUAAUUGAUGCCCCCUUUUCCUUGGCCUCCGCUUAGUAUUAGAAAUGCAGGAAACACCAUUUGUGACUUAUGAAGAGUUUACAGAUAUUGGUAAAAGAACAUUUUUACUUGACAGGAAAACAUGAGUAUAGCAGUACACUAUAAAUGUAUCGCUGCUGAUUCUUUUAUUUCAUUGUAUUUAUGUUGACGUUUAUACUAUUAAAAUCGUAUGCCAAAGACAAGGCGUGCUGCUUAUCGUGUGA